GAGAGCUGCUGUGUGUCAGACGGUUCUCGUCUCUGAUCAUGGAUCUGGUUUGGACAGUCCUCCCGGUGUUCCUGCUGUGUGCCGAGGCCCAGAACCUCACCGUGGUUAAGGCAGAGCUGGGUCAGAACGCCACCCUUAACUGCUCUGUGAACAUCAUGAGCAUCCACUGGUAUGUAGAGAUACGCAGCCAGGUCAGAGGACUCAUCGCUGAAACCUUCACUCCAGAUCCCAACGAUACUCUGUACCACAUUUACACCACGCUGAAAACCAAGUACAUCGCCAUGGGAAAUAAAAUGGUGAUCACAAACAUCACAUCAGAGGAUCACCGCUUUUAUUUCUGCGCCACGAAGAAAAAAAACAACGUUAUAUUCAGAGAAACCUUCCACUUCGUCUCAGACGGAGCGGCGGUCAAAGACGACUGUGGAUCAGAGAAGCAGCAGUGCAGCUGCAGUAUGUGGUGGAAUGAGCUUGUCGUCUACAGCUCCUUCAUCCUGAACCUCCUCCUCUUCCUCGUGCUAACAGGUGUCGUUUUUACCUCUGUGUGUUUGAAGAAGAAGACGUGUAACUACCAGGUGACUGACUCGCCACGGUCAACCAAUCAGAGCGCAGAGACACUGGAGACGCCACAGUACGAGGAGAUCCAGCUCAGAGCGCCCCCACCUGCUGCGUCUUCAGAGUGUAUCUACUACAAAGCCCAGCUGCCUCAGUCCACACUGCCCCAGUACUGACACCUGGACCGCACCUCGACUGUACCUGGAACACACCUGGACAGUAGCGCCUUCUAUGACUCACCUGUAGUGUUCCUGUUGGACAAGUGGACGUUGUGGACUUGAAGGUCCUGAACUGUUGAACGCACACACAGACUUUUCUGUCAGAGACACCUGUCAAGUCGCCCCAAUGAGCUGUGAUCUUUGUUGGACCACCUUAAAUCUGCUCAGGGACAGGGACAGGUUUAAGGUGGUCCAAGACUAAAGGUGACGUCAUCAUGUUGUUUUAAUUCAUUAAAAAUUAACUU